AUGGCUCGGCGAGACAACACCCUCGCGCAGUACGUCAAGCCUUCGAGGGGUAAGAAGAAGCCCGACCAAAACCUCCCUCCCAAUACCGAUGCCAGCCACCAGGCAGCCUCUUCUUCGCGACGCCUGCCUUCACCGAAAUCCGCCAUCAACAACACCCGUGACCAGUCUCUCCGCCUCAUGACUCGGUACGGCAACACAAGUGCCAUCAUCCAAGACGCCUUCCGUGCAGCCGACGGAAGUAUCGCAUUCUACAGAGACCUGGCUGUCCCGGCAGAUAGUUUGCCAGGCAAGGGUCCGCAGAAGUGGCUUGAGGAGAAGCAGAGACGAAUUCAGAUGCACACCAAAAUGCUUGAAGUCGAUGACUACACCUGGAAGGCUCGAGCUACUUGCCAACCCGCCCACAUUGCUCUCCGCAAAUACCAACCAUACAAGAAGCUCUUCGGCGAGCGAAAGUUCCCUCACAAGUACAGCACAUAUCCACCUCAGCUCACUUCGAGUACCUGCAAGGAGCCCGUCACCUUCUUCGACCUUCCUGGAGAGAUCCGUAACAGGAUCUAUCGUCUCGCAUUGGUCUUCGACGAGCCAUUCGAGUUCCUGCCCAAGGCAGCUGGCGGACGCAAAGCGCCAGCUCGCGCUUGCGUCCGUGCUAAGAAGCUCUUCGCCAAGUCCCUCGGUCUUCGCAAGCUUCUUCGUGUCAACAAGCAGGUUAACAAAGAAGCGAGCGACAUUUUCUACGGCGAGAAUCUGUUGUGCUUCAGUUCUGUGCUGGGCUGGCAGUUUCUGAGAGGCUUCAUCGAGACGAUCGGCAAAGACAACGCCGCUCGUCUGCGCAAGAUCACGGUACACAUUCACUGGCCUGGACGCACUGGCGAUCACAGUGAUAGGUACGGUCAAGGCCGUUUCCCGCCGGACGAGGACGACGCCUAUGAUGGCCUCUCGCCUGAGGGCUUCUUCUACUAUUACAAGCCACUCGACAAGAUCCGCACGUCCGACGAAGCUUACGCCGAGUGCAUGAAGAUGCUCAACGAGGCUGGCAUUCUGGAAUCACUGAACCUCGUUCUUCCCUACACUUUCGACGUCCUCGACUUUCCAGAUCUGGCUCUGGACAUCACCAAGUUCGAGAUCAAGCCCAAGAUCAAACUCAUCCAUCUCAAUAUCAACGGUGACUGGACCGCGAACGACUCACAGCACCCUCUCCGCACGCUUGGCCCACUCCCAAAGCCAGUCUGGACUCGCAAGCGCCGCAAUCGCCGCAACCUCGCUCCUGCAGAGCCACCGGUGAUCGAGGAGUUUGAGACUGCCAAAGCGUAUGCAGUCGCGAAGGGUUGGGAGUACAAGCCGAGAGAAUGCGAUGAGAAGGGACAUUACAGGGCCGCGAAAGAUAUGUACUGGGGAGUCGACGGUAUCCCAAAGGACGUCGAGGAAGGCUAUCGUUACUGA